UUAAUUGCAUCAACUGAUGAUGAACCCAACUGCCCAAAAUGGAACAGUAGUGGUGAAGGUGAACAUGAAAAAAAUAUCCUCAAACUUUUCCAUGAAAUGACAAUGAUGCUCUCCUCGCUGGAUUAAGAUGAACAGUUAGCUUUUAACCCAAAAGCCAAAAACAAGUUGGCAUUUCUUGAAAAAUCUAGCAUGUUUUUAAGGCCAUACUGGACAUGGUGCAUGCUUUGCAGCCACUGAUAGCCGACAUGUGAGUCCACAGGAUCCACACAUAAACUUCACUUGUUAGAUGCAAAAGAAGGGAUCCCACCUGCUAUAAAUAAGAUAAUGCACUUAACCCUCUACCCAGUACCAUUGGAGUUUGAUAAAGAACCUUCCAAGCUCUUCUCCAAGUAUCUUCAUUUCCAAAACUCAAUACUUAGUUCAUCAUUUUCAAUUGUUUCCUACGAAGUUUCCGAUAUCUAGACUUUGGGUUUUUGUGACCUACCAUGGCACCGCAUGGAGAGGCUAUUACUAGUACUUACACAAGGAGCAACAACUUCCCCAAGCCACCAAGGCUCUCAAACGACAGCCUCCAUCGAACCAUAUCGGACAUCACUUUUCAACUUGUCAGCAAAGAAGUUCUUGAUAACUAUAAAGAAUCAGCUGCAGUUGUAGUGGAUGAGAAACAGCUUCCAGCCAUAUCCGAAGUGGAGGAUGCAAAGUGUGAGUGUUGUGGCAUGAGUGAAGAGUGCACCCCGGAGUACAUCGAGCGUGUCCGAAACAAGUUCUUGGGGAAAUGGAUAUGUGGCUUAUGUGCUGAGGCAGUGAAAGAAGAGAUGGAGAAAAAUGGAGGCAAGAUAGAGGAAGCUUUAAGUGCACAUAUGAAUACAUGUGCUAGGUUUAACAAGUUUGGGAGGGCUUAUCCAGCUUUGUUGACAGCUGAAGCCAUGAGGGAGAUUUUGAGGAAGAGUUCAAGAUUGGAAGGGAAAAGUCUUAGGGCCAAAUCUUUUGGCCCUAGGGAUAAAUCAGGAGCUCAAAAGAAAGGUGGCAUCGCUAGGAGUUCGAGUUGCAUUCCUGCAAUUACAAGGGAGAUGAAUGAUCUCACAGUAGCAAACUGAAGAGUAGUUGGCCCAAAGGCUUCUUUUUCCCUUCAUCUCCCCUUCCUCUCCUUUUGAGCCUUCUACUAAUUUCAUUUCCAUGGCCUCUCUUCCAUGUACCAAACCUUUUCACUCAUCACACCAUGAAAUUUUUUGGGUUGGGUCCAAAACUCUCUCUUAUCCAUGAAAUCUUCUUAAGGAGUAUAUUUUUCUAUAUCCUUAGUUGAUUAAUUUGUAUAAUAUGGUAAUUUGCUCUCUGAUCUUGCUUUAGAAUUUUCCUUUUUUUUAGGUGGGCGCAAAAUUCUUCCUGCUUUUCUCUCUUCUAGGGGUAUGUUUCUUAGAACCCAAAACUAAACCACCUUCUAGCUGGCUAGGUAGGGUUUUUUAGGUUGGUUCAAUUGCUUCUUUUGCAUCCCUUUUUUCCUACCCCCGUAAAUUGUGCUGGCUAGAAAGCAAUUGUAACUCAUUUUCAUGUACUAAAUACAUACGUAUCCGGAGAUAUUGUAUGGUAUAUCAAUAAAUGACUCCUAUUAUUUUGAGUAUUAGCAAUUACUAUGAUAGUAUUUGAAAUCUUUUUUUAUCUAAUGCAUGU